CAGAGGACAAUGCGGCUGAUGACAAUAUGGCAAACAGUAUAACGCAGGCGGCGCCGCCAGCAGCAGCAGCAGUAGCAGCGCUUGCAGGACAUGCAAAAAUACGUAAUCAAGUUUUACGAUUGCGUAAGGCAUUGAAUUUUUACGAGUGCAUUUAAAACAAUACGUCGAGCCACAGGCACAGCCAAAAGCUUUAAGAGCUGCGCACCCAAAAAAACACACAUAAAAGAAAAACGAAACUAAGCACUAGCAACAGCUUGUCUAAACGCGUUCAGCACGUGAGCGAGCGCCAUUUUGUAACGGUAAUUGUCAGCACACACACGUUAGCUGCAAUGGCCGUUAGCAACAUUGUCUGCGAGUGGCUACGCGCCCUCGGUCUGGCACAAUAUGCCGAAAGUUUUCUGGACAAUGGCUACGAUGACCUGGAGAUCUGCAAACAGGUCGGUGAUCCCGAUCUGGAUGCCAUUGGCGUUGAUAAUCCUGCGCAUCGGCAUAAACUGCUCAAGAGCAUCCGUUCGCUUCGAGAGAAAGGCGCUGCCUCAGUCUAUUUUAUGCUGAACGAUCCGAAUUCAUUAAGCGGCAGCAUGGAGAUCCUAUGCGAGACGCCGCCCAGCAACGAACUGGAAAUGGUGCUGGGCGAACAGCUGGAGACGGACGGAGUGCGUCUGACAGCGCAUCCAUAUUCAACACCGGAUGGACAACGCGGCCAUUUAGAGGGUCUAGCUUCCGUUUAUUGCGAGUUGUUAAUGGCUCCCUUUGGAGAUAUUUUAAGUGCUUUAGAGAAUGCUAGACAAGCAGCCUGGGCGGAGCGCAGUCCGCUGCAUCCAGCCGGCGGCAGCAGUGGCGGUGCCAGCGGCAGCGGUGGCAGCGGCCUAAGCGGCAGCGGUCUGAUGCACCAGCGACAGCAGCAUGGCCAUCGCGGCCAUUCCGCGCAUGGCGCCGGCCUGCCCAAUAGUCAUAGUCAGCCAAUAUAUGUGCCCGGAAAAUAUUCGAAUUUGUUGCAGCCCUCCAGCUGCUUGUCGGACAAGGAGGAGGACGAGAUCUACGGCUUUGGCUACGGCGUGUUUGCACCGCGCGUUGCACGCGGCGGCUUAACGCAGCAGCAGCAUUUGUUGCAACAGCAGACGCUGCAAACACAGCAGGCCAUACACCAGCAGCAGCAGCAGCAACAGUUGCAGCUGCAACAGCAACAGCAGCAACUACCACUUGUGCCAGGACAACAGGCGGGAGCACAGCCCGGCGUUGGACCCCAACAGCAUCAGACACUCCCGCCCAACUCAGCGCAUUUGAACUUUAUGCAACAAAACUGCCUAAGUCCGCGCUCUGCAUAUUUCUAUGAGUUUCCACCAACGGCAGAGGGACGCGAGACGAAAAAACGCACAACGCUGGCGCGUUUGCUGAAAGGCUUGAAGACUGUCAAUCGAAGGGAUCGCAACAAUCAACAAAAUGGCGCACAGGCGCGGGCGGCCAACGAUCGACUGCGGCACUUUCAGAUGAUAAAUGGCGGCGCUGGUGGACAGCAGCAGAGUUUCGAGGAGACAAUCCAUAGACUUAAAGUACAAGAAGCAAUGCGCAAGAAGGAGAAAUUCCAGCGUGAGCAUGAAGAGAUUCUGCGGGACAUACGCCAAGGCUUAUUGCAAAUGAGUCGUGGCGAGGGACGCUUGGAUGACACUUAUAUGUACGAUGAGGCGCUGAGAACUGGACCCGCCACAGCUGGUGGUGGCAUGGGCGUUGGGGGCGUGCCAGCGGGCGCUCACUAUGCGGUCAGUGCGCUGCAUCAUCAAGGUCAUUGGUACGACGAGCCGCCCUACGAAAGCGAUCCCGAUGACUUCCUCAUGGCCAACCUCAAUGGCGGUCCGGCGGCCACCAUACAGGUGCGUGUCUGUGGUGGCCGUGUGCGCUUUUGCAACAACCGCGAGAGCACGGGAGUAAUUUCAUUAAGAUCCGCCGGAGAUAUUUCACUGCCGCAGCGUGGACCGCCACGACGAGGGCUUAUCGUGCCACAGCAGCCGCCAAAUCCACCGACAAUAAUACCGUUAACGCAUGCCAGAUCUCACGAUCGUGAAAGUGGCGACUAUGCGGGCUCUAUAUCGGACCUACAAAGCGUUACCUCCAGGCUGAGCGCAGUUUCGAUUGGCACCAACAAUUGUACGGCACGUUAUCGCACAUUGAGUGGUGGCAUUGGAGAAUCGCCCUCGCUGUCGCCGAGCCCAUCAUCCGAUUACGAGGACAUUGGCGCCACCAGGCACUGCGGACUGCCGCCAAGCUUAGCAGCGAAAGCCAAAAAGAACGGACUGCCGCACAAGGCGAACACAAUUUGCCAGAAGGCCAUGGUGCAUCAUUCCGGGGAGAUGCGUAGCUCACCAAAGGAAAUUGGUGCAUUUAAUGAGAAUGGACGAAACUUUGUUGCCACAAAGGAUACAUCAAGGGAUUUUAGCAAUUCCCAAGAUAACACCGACCGUGGCAGCAUGAGCGAUCAGGCGUUUGCCUGUUCAGCCAGCUCCGUAGAAAGUUUGCCCAGUGCAUCCGGCUCGAGCACUCAAGCGCUGGUGCGUCCUGGCAGUCCGCACAGCUCGAUUUCAGCCGAGGAUCGCAACUCGUUGGCCAGCAUCUGCAAGGCCAAGGCGCUUGUCGACAGCCUGCCCAAUCCCUAUGACAAGGAUGCGCUCAAAUUCAAGAAGGGCGACCUCAUCGAUGUGCUGUCGAUGAAUGCCUCGGGCAUUUGGAAGGGACGCUGUCAUGGCCGUGCGGGACACUUUAAGUUCAUCAACGUUGAAGUGCUGCCCGAGCAGCAGCGCAUGAAGAACAGCAGCAGCAAGACGCUGGCUCCGGGAGCGAGACUGGGCAACAAUGCUGGCGGCCCCAGUUCUGUGGAGGAUCUGCUGGUGCGCAUUGGACUCAAGGAGUACACGUCGGUCUUCGUGCUCAACGGCUACGAGGAUCUGGAACUGUUCAAGGAGCUCGAGCCUGCCGACUUGGAUUAUCUGGGCAUACUCAAUCAGGAGCAUCGCGCCAAGCUGCUGACGGCCGUGCAGCUGCUGCAUGACAUUGAAUCUACAAAUUUCGCACGCACAGGCUCUGAUGUGGACAUAGCCGGCUCCAGCUCGGAGAACGAUGAGGCGCGUCUGAACAACAUUAACAUGAAGCACGGCGUCUCGCCCUUUGGACGUCGCCACUUUCCACGCGACUCGGGCUGCUACGAGGGCUCACCGCUGCCCAGCUCACAAACGCCCACGCAGACUGUACUCUCCACCGAUGAAUCGAAUAGUCUGGACGAUGUGGUGUCCAAGUGCUCCAGCGAAAUCAUGAAGCGCGUGGAGAGCGCGCGUCGCUGCAAGGACAAUCCCUUUAAGGCAACGCUGCCGGCGCGCGUCGGCAAGAAGUCCUUUCUUGGCGGCGGCGGACUUAUGGGCGACGAUACGCUCACACGUGGCGGACUCAGUGAGAAGUCGAGCGAUUCGGGCGUCAGCAGCAGUUCGCUAUCGUCGGGUCCGCUAAAGAGCAGCACUUAACAUUUGCCAACCAUACUCGCCCACGAGCUGCUGCUGGGCGUGGGCGUGGGCCAGACGCAGACGCAAGCGCUGACUGCUGCUACCUCGCCCACCACAUCGGUGGCCUCCGCCAGCAGCAGCAGCUGCCUGAAUGCCGUCGCGCCGCUUGGCAACAUUUGCAACACGCUGCCGCAUUCGCCUUGCUCUGCCGCCAGCAGCAGCUCGUUGGGGCUGUCCAGCAACUUGCCACUGAAUCGAAAUCUUGUCAUGCUGCGCAAUCAUCUGCGUAAGAACACAAGCGGCAACGCCUCGCCGGCGCUGCAGGAUGACAAGGAUCUAUAACAACCCAUGCCCAUACCCAUACCUAUACCCACACCCAUAUAUUGUAUGAAAUUCUUAGGCUUAGUUUCGAUUUAAGGUUAAGGUUCUUUGCAUUAGAUACUCUAUGUAUGUAAGUAUGUAUUUCAAUUGCUGUGAUUCGAUAGUGAAAACAAAAAAGGCCAAGGCGCGUCUUUCAGUUCAAAUGUAUAGUGUGUAUAAAAGCGAGAGGGAAAUCGAGAAAGAGAGAGAGGGAAGAGUAUAACACAAAGCAGUCAGUUAGUCAGUCAAUCCUUCCUCCGAUAAUGUUGGCAUUUAACUAUAAAUAUACAUAAAUCUAUUUAUAACAUGAGACAUAUAGUUGAAGAGCUACAUAUUUAGUGAUGUAAUAUAGCAAUUAACUAUUUUUAGUUAGCCUGAUGUAUAAACAAGGUAUUUGUUUUAAACUUUUCUUUUGCCAUUUGCUUGUGUAUUUUGCAAACGUGAUAUUGCCAAACGUCCAAUAUGAAUUGCAGUUAUUUUAACACUUAUUUUUAACAGAUAAACAACUAAAGUUGAUUCCUAUAUUAAAGCGCAAACAGCGCUAGCAAUAGACCAAUUACCAAUUUUACAAAAAUAAUACAACAUAUUUACACAAAGCUGCCAACUUAUACUAUAUAUACAUUUAUUAUUAAACGAGAUAUCAGUUUUAUUGUUUUAUAGAUUGUAAAAAAACAAAAACACCAAACACACAUCAUGAAAAUCCGUCAAAUUUGUAAAUUUGCCAGUAAUCAGCAAAGAAUUGUACGCUAAGCAAUAUUUUGAAAACGUAGACGUGUAAAAAAAAACUACUAGAGCUCUGUACAUAUAUAUAUCGAGUAGCAAACUAUACACAACAUAGUGUACAUAUACAUAUAGUUUAUAUUUAUGCCAUUAAAACAUUUACAUAUACAUAGUUAUAUUUAAAGCGAAGCAACUAUUAGCGUCUUGCAUGCUAUUUAGCGAUAAUCAAAACGAACAGACAAUGAAUUUUGCGAGUCCAGCGAGGAGGUAGACGGAGUAUUUAAGUUAUUGAAUCGAUUUAAAUAAAUUAGUUAAAUAAAUGCAUAUUUAAUCGAGAGCAACAUUAGCAAGUUAACUAUUUUGAUUGACUUCCUGUACAUUGAGCAUACAAAAUUGAGCAAAAUUCCAAAAACAAACAAAAAACAAUUAAUUAAAAACGCUUUUAAACAUAG